CCACCUCAACCUAUGUCGGUUAUGGCGACAGCCUAGCCCCGCCCACAGCGACAGGAAGCAUGGGUUGUGGGCGGAGCUCCAGCCCGGGUCUUUUGUGCCCGUACACUGUGUUGUUGUCGUGUUCACGUCAGACAAGUGUCAGAGAUGACUUUGCAAUGUGGUGCCAAUCAGUGUGCCAACUUGCUCAGAGCAGGGGUACACAGCGGCUCCUGUCGCAGCCUGCACAUGACCGCCAGAUAUGCUGCUAAGGAGUACUAUGACGUAGUUGUCGUCGGAGGAGGUGCUGGUGGAAUCACUAUGAGUGCUCGUAUGAAAAGAAAAGUUGGAGCUGGAAAAGUCGCUGUCAUUGAGCCAAGUGAGGUUCAUUACUACCAGCCCAUAUGGACUCUCGUUGGUGGUGGGGCAAAGAAGGUGGCAAGCUCUGCAAGAUCUACUUCUAGCUUAAUCCCCUCUGGUGUCACAUGGAUAAAAUCUGAAGUGAAAGGUUUUGAUCCUGAUAAAAACUGUAUUCGUAUUGAUGAUGGCAAAGAGAUAGGCUACAAAUACUUGAUCAUUGCUCUUGGUAUCAAAUUGCAGUUUGAAAAGGUGAAAGGACUUCCAGAAGGAUUUGACUAUCCCAAAAUCGGUUCCAACUACUCUGUAAAAACUGUUGAGAAAACCUGGAAAGCACUGCAAGAUUUUAAGAAGGGAAAUGCCAUAUUCACCUUCCCUAACACGCCAGUGAAAUGUGCAGGCGCCCCACAGAAAAUUAUGUAUUUAGCAGAGGAGUAUCUCAGAAAUACAGGAAAACGAUCUGAUGCCAACUUCAUCUUUAACACGUCUCUGGGAGUCAUCUUUGGAGUAAAGAAAUAUGCAGAUGCCUUGUUAAAGAUCAUUGAGGAGAGAAAUAUUCAGGUUAACUUCAGACACAACCUUAUUGAGGUGCGAGCGGACAAACAAGAAGCUGUAUUUGAGAACCUUGAUAAUCCAGGAGAGACCAAAGUGUAUGAGUAUGAAAUGCUUCAUGUGACCCCUCCAAUGGGACCACCAGAUGUGCUUGUAAACAGUGCUGUGGCUGACGCAGGUGGCUGGGUGGAUUUAGACAAGGAGACCCUACAGCAUAAGAAGUACCCCAAUGUUUUUGGUAUUGGAGACUGUACAAACCUUCCAACAUCAAAAACGGCAGCUGCCUUAGCUGCCCAGUCAGCAGUCUUGGACAAAACCCUCUCUUUGGUGAUGAAAGGCCAAAGUCCAUCGUCCAAGUAUGAUGGAUACACUUCAUGUCCACUGGUAACUGGCUACCGAAAAGUGAUCUUGGCAGAAUUUGACUACAAUGCCCAACCCCUGGAGACUUUUCCGAUCGACCAAGGUAAAGAAAGAAGAACAAUGUACCAUAUGAAGGCAGACAUGAUGCCAUUCCUGUACUGGAAUAUGCUUCUCAAGGGAUAUUGGGGAGGACCAGCUCCCUACAGAAAAAUAAUGCACCUUGGCUUUAAAUAAGGAAGGACUCAACUACCUCGCCAAACAGAACAAGCUUGUGUUUCCAUAUUCAGUAGGAGUCAUGAUUUUAAGAUGCUUGAAAAAAGAAAAAAGAAAUUGAACAAACCCUCAGUAAAUCCACAGACCUGCCGAGGAAGAUUGUUUCAUUGAUACAACCAUGCAGGACCUCAGAUUUUAGAUCAAAUUAGUUGAUAUUUUCUAAUAACAUGACGGGUUUUUAUCUUCUGGUAAUAUGUACUUUUGUUACAUGGGGAAAAAACACUUUUUAAAGGAAUAAAAGCGGUCAAGAUCAUUUCUGAAAACCCCUCACUGCAAUCUAGAU